CGGAAAGGAGGAGCAGCUUUUUAUUGUCGUCUGAGAGCUGCUGUAAUGGCGGUGUCUCGUCGUUCCUCGCAGCAGCAACAACAGCAAAGCGCCCUGCAGUCUCCGCCGAGAAACAGCUCUAUUUCUGGCGCUCCUCUGGUGUCUCCGCCGAUGGCUCUGCCGUCCUCGGCCCCCGUACCACCGGAGAGUGAGAGGGAAUGCAGCGGGGGGAUCGAGGUGGCCGUGGCCUCCCCGGACCUGCCCGUCCCAGUCCUCGCGAGCAGCGCGAGCUUCACCACGACAACCUCCUCCGGUGGCGGCGGCGGCAGCAGCAGCAGCGUCUCGAGCCCCGGUUCAGGAGCUGCCAGCCCCGCGGACGGGAGCAGCGGCAUCGGCGGGGCGUUCAGGGAGCUGUUCGAGGCCUGUCGUAACGGAGACGUAUCCAGAGUAAAGAGACUCGUCGAUUCGGUGAAUGUAAACGCGAAGGACAUGGCUGGACGGAAAUCCACUCCCCUUCACUUCGCUGCGGGUUUUGGCAGAAAAGAUGUGGUGGAGCAUCUCUUGCAGACGGGGGCUAAUGUUCAUGCCAGGGAUGAUGGAGGACUUAUCCCCCUACAUAAUGCCUGCUCUUUCGGCCACGCAGAAGUUGUCAGCCUCCUCUUGUGUCAGGGCGCAGACCCCAACGCCAGAGAUAACUGGAACUACACUCCCUUGCACGAGGCUGCCAUCAAGGGAAAGAUUGAUGUUUGCAUUGUGUUACUCCAACACGGAGCUGAUCCAAACAUCCGCAACACUGAUGGAAAAUCUGCUUUGGAUCUAGCCGACCCUUCAGCCAAAACGGUUCUCACUGGUGAAUACAAGAAGGAUGAACUUCUAGAAGCCGCUAGGAGUGGAAAUGAAGAAAAGCUGAUGGCACUGCUGACUCCGUUAAAUGUCAACUGUCAUGCAAGCGAUGGCCGCAAGUCAACAUCCCAAAAAAUGCUGUCCACACCCCUCCAUCUGGCUGCUGGCUACAACCGGGUCCGCAUUGUCCAGCUCCUUCUGCAGCAUGGAGCCGAUGUUCACGCCAAGGACAAAGGAGGCCUGGUUCCACUUCACAACGCCUGCUCCUAUGGCCACUUUGAGGUCACUGAGCUUCUGCUUAAACAUGGGGCCUGUGUGAAUGCCAUGGACCUGUGGCAGUUCACUCCUCUCCACGAGGCAGCGUCCAAGAACCGAGUGGAGGUCUGCUCCCUGCUGCUGAGCCACGGGGCCGACCCCACCCUGCUGAACUGUCACAGCAAGAGUGCCGUGGACAUGGCCCCCACUCCAGAACUUAAAGAAAGGCUCACCUAUGAGUUCAAAGGUCACUCGCUGCUCCAGGCAGCCAGAGAGGCAGACAUGGCCAAAGUGAAGAAGACGCUGGCUCUGGAGAUCAUCAGCUUCAAACAUCCUCAGACCAACGAGACUGCUCUGCACUGUGCUGUGGCUUCCCCCCAUCCCAAGAGGAAGCAAGUGACUGAGUUGUUGCUGCGUAAAGGUGCCAACAUUAAUGAGAAGAACAAAGACUUCAUGACUCCAUUGCAUGUGGCUGCUGAGAAAGCUCACAAUGAUAUCCUGGAGGUUCUGCAGAAACAUGGAGCAAAGGUGAAUGCUGUGGACACACUAGGUCAGACGGCUCUUCAUAGAGCUGCUCUGGCUGGUCACAUCCAGACCUGCAAGCUACUACUGAGCUACGGGGCCGACCCCUCCAUCGUGUCUCUGCAGGGUUUCACCGCUGCGCAGAUGGGUAAUGAGGCUGUACAACAGAUUCUUAAUGAAAAUGUCCCAACACGUAAUUCUGACGUUGACUACAGAUUUCUGGAGGCAGCCAAAGCAGGGGAUCUGGACACAGUACAACAACUUUGCACUCCCCAGAAUGUAAACUGCCGGGACUUGGAGGGCCGCCACUCUACUCCUCUCCACUUUGCAGCUGGUUACAACCGAGUGGCUGUUGUUGAAUACCUGCUACACCAUGGAGCUGAUGUCCAUGCCAAAGACAAGGGCGGUCUGGUUCCCCUCCACAACGCAUGCUCCUACGGUCACUAUGAAGUAGCUGAGCUGCUGGUCAGACAUGGAGCUUCAGUCAAUGUGGCCGACUUGUGGAAAUUCACCCCGCUUCAUGAGGCUGCAGCCAAAGGAAAAUAUGAGAUCUGCAAACUGCUGCUCAAACACGGAGCCGACCCAUCCAAGAAGAACCGUGACGGCAACAUACCACUGGACAUGGUGAAAGAUGGAGACACAGACAUCCAGGACCUGCUGAGGGGUGAUGCUGCCCUGCUGGACGCUGCCAAGAAGGGCUGCCUGGCAAGAGUCCAGAAACUUUGCUCCCCAGAGAAUAUCAACUGCAGAGACACACAGGGGCGCAACUCCACACCACUCCACCUUGCAGCUGGGUACAACAACCUUGAAGUGGCAGAGUACCUGCUGGAGCAUGGAGCUGAUGUCAACGCCCAGGACAAAGGAGGCCUUAUCCCUCUUCAUAAUGCUGCUUCUUAUGGGCAUGUGGACAUCGCAGCCUUACUGAUCAAGUACAAUACGUGUGUGAAUGCUACAGACAAAUGGGCUUUCACACCCCUUCAUGAGGCGGCACAGAAGGGUCGUACACAGCUCUGUGCGCUGCUGCUGGCUCACGGAGCCGACCCCACCAUGAAGAACCAAGAGGGCCAGACCGCCUUGGACCUGGCCACGGCUGAUGAUAUCCGAGCCCUACUGAUGGACGCCAUGCCACCAGAUGCCCUGCCCAGCUGCUUUAAGCCCCAGGCCACAGUGGUCAGCGCCUCAGUCAUUUCCCCUGUCUCCACACCAUCCUGUCUGUCGGCCGCCAGCAGCAUAGACAACCUUGCUGGACCGCUCGCUGAGCUGGCCGCCGGUGCUGCAGCCGGGUCCUCCGGCGUGGCAGAUGGAGCCACAGGCACCGACCGCAAGGAAGGGGAGAUGGCCAUGCUGGACAUGAAUAUAAGUCAAUUCAUGAAGAGCCUGGGCCUUGAGCACCUGAGGGACAUCUUUGAGAGGGAACAGAUCACUUUGGAUGUGCUAGCUGACAUGGGUCACGAGGAGCUGAAGGAGAUUGGAAUUAAUGCUUAUGGCCACCGACAUAAGCUUAUCAAGGGUGUUGAGAGGCUGCUUGGGGGCCAGCAAGGUGGCAACGCCUACCUGACAUUCCAUUGUGCCAGCCAGGGUACCAUCCUGAUAGACCUCGCUCCAGACGACAAGGAGUACCAGUCUGUGGAGGAGGAGUUGCAGAGCACCAUCAGGGAGCACAGAGAUGGAGGCAACGCUGGCGGUGUGUUCAGCAAAUACAACAUCAUCAAGAUUCAAAAGGUGGUAAAUAAGAAGCUGAGGGAACGUUACACCCACCGGCAGAAGGAGAUUGCAGAUGAGAACCACAACCAUCACAAUGAGCGGAUGUUGUUUCACGGUUCCCCGUUUAUCAACGCCAUCAUCCACAAAGGCUUUGAUGAGCGUCACGCUUACAUAGGAGGGAUGUUUGGAGCAGGGAUCUACUUUGCAGAGAACUCCUCAAAGAGCAAUCAGUACGUCUACGGCAUCGGUGGAGGCACAGGCUGCCCGACGCACAAAGACCGAUCCUGCUAUCUGUGCCACAGGCAGAUGCUGUUCUGCCGAGUGACCCUGGGGAAGUCCUUCCUACAGUUCAGUGCCAUGAAGAUGGCCCACGCCCCCCCAGGACACCACUCGGUGAUUGGCCGGCCCAGUGUUAAUGGCCUGGCCUACGCCGAGUACGUCAUCUACAGAGGAGAGCAGGCCUUCCCAGAGUACCUCAUCACCUACCAGAUCCUUAAACCAGAGAGCGCAGCCCAGUCUGCUGCAGGAACUGAGCAGAAGUCAUAAUCACUUUACAUCUCACACACACACACAAGG